AGCGACUGUACAACUCCAAUUCAAUCAGAAAAUGUCCACCAUGCUAGCCAGGCGCUGCUUGGAAGCAGCUAGAUUCUCUUCAAAGUCCAUCCAUGCUACCAUUAGACAGCAAACCAGAAAUGCUGAAGUGGUCUCGGGAUUUUCUCCCAUGAUUUUCUCCCGCAAUGGUCAAGAAGUAUGGCCACUGAGGCAACAAAGAAGACCAUCGACUACGACUCCAAAUAUGCUAACAAGCUGAAGGAAAUCGCUGAAAAGAAGGGAGCCAACACCGUUCAAGAUCUCAAAGCCCAGAUGAAGGCAGAGGCUGAUCGAGUCCGCAUUCAGAGAAACAAGGCUGCCGAGAAGGCUUCCAAGGAGAAAGCUGAGCGAUUGAAAGCUGAAGCUGCUGUUAAGGCCACUGCUCCAUCUGCCACCUCCAAGCGCUCUCCAAGUCAAGUGGCUGCUGCUGCCAGUACGCCAUAUGAUUCUUCAGCUCCCUCACUUGAUAAAAUCGUCAAGCUGGAACUGCUCGAGAAAGAAAAUGCUGAGACCAUUCACAAGAUUUGGACAGAAUACCAUGCUGACAAAGACUGCAUCACUGCUAGUAUUCCAGCACACGUUUAUGGUACCUUGUACCAGAACAGCUUAAAGUUCCCCAUGUUCAUUGUACCAGUCCCUCGUGACGAAGGUGUGGAAUUCUUUUUGCUUCAGUUCAUUUACCACCAAGCCAUGUUCACUUCUUUGCUCGAGUUCAAGACUAAAGGCGAAGAAGCUCGUCCCUAUCUCACCAUCACCCAUUUCCCUGAACUCAUUAGCUCCAAGGAUAUUGUUCUCAUGAAGGGUGAAAUCACCGAUACCAAGUUGUUGAGUCCUGCUAAUGCUCAGUACCUUGCUUUUGCUCUCCAGCAAUUCUAUGUCACUGGAGGCGAGAGCAAGAGAAAGCUACUUGAGAUAUUCCACAGCAAACCUCAAGAGUUUGACUACAACCAGGUGAUCAAGGAGAUGGAAACGGUUAUUUAAAAGCUGGAGAGUCUUAUUUAUUUAGAUAGACUGGACAGCAAUUUCACAUUGUAAAAUAGAAUGGCUUGAAGCAUAAAAAGUAGAGG